AUGAGAGAAACCUUUCAUAUAAAAUCAAGGGUUUGUGGUAUUCUGUCUUGUUCUGUCUUUCGAUUCAUCACUUAUCAUUCAGAAGAACAGACAAUCAAGUUUACAGACACUAUGACACCGGUUACUCACGACCUUGUGCAUACUGCACAACAUUUAUAUGGAGCCAAUAAUCUGGCGGCCCAAAUUCCUUUUGGUCUGUAUGUCUUCAAGAGACUACUUUCAGUAGGUGUAAAGUCAAUAUUUGGUGUUCCAGGAGAUUACAAUAUGAGAUUGCUGGAACAUAUGUAUGAUGAAUCGCUAGUCGAUACGGCGGGAGAUAAAUUGGAAUGGGUAGGUUGUUGUAAUGAGUUGAAUGCUGCCUAUGCGGCAGACGGUUAUUCUAGGUAUUCCAACGAAAUUGGUUGCGUUAUUACUACUUAUGGUGUUGGUGAAUUAGGUGCUAUUAGUGGUUUAGCGGGUGCUUUCGCCGAAAGUGUAAAAGUCUUACAUAUUGUCGGAAUCGUCGAUUAUGAAGUUAAUGAUUUGGGUCCUGAAAUGAGGUCUCACAAUUUGCACCAUUUAUUGCCUCGUUUAAAUGACUCUAAUUUUGUGGGUCCCGAUUACAGGGUUUAUGCAGAAAUGGUAAAGGACAAGGUAGCUUGUUCAGUAGAAUAUUUGGAUGAUUUGGAGACUGCUUGUGAUAAAGUCGAUAAAGUUAUCGAAGAUAUCUACAAAUACUCGAAACCCGGUUAUCUUUUUGUACCAAGGAGUUUUGUAGAUGAAUUGGUAAGCACGAAGAAUUUGAUUGAAAAGCCAACAAUUACGUUAAGGGAGUGUAUCGAGAAGAGUCCAGUAGAUGAAGCUAAAAUUGUGACAGAAAAAAUUUUAAGAUUGUUAAAUCAAAGUGCUAGCCCAGCUGUCAUCGGAGAUAUGUUCACUGAUAGAUACGGAUUACGUGUGGAAUUGAAUGACUUUAUUAAUAAGGCAAACAUCGUUGGGUUUUCCACUGUGCAGGGGAAAUCAAUUAUCGAUGAGAGCAGUCCCCUGUACAUGGGUGCAUAUAACGGGAUGACAAGUGCACCAACGGUCUCUGAGAAAUUAUUAGCGUGUGACUUGGUCUUACAUUUUGGUAUUGAAAAAAAUGAAGUUAAUUAUGGUAACUAUAACUUCCCUCAUAAAUCAGAUGCCAAAAUUGUCGAACUACAUCCGCAGUAUAUUAGAUUUUAUGAUAAUACCACGAAGAAGGAAGAGAUUUACAAAGGUGUGAGUUUUGUUGAUAUCUUAGACCUUUUAAAUCAGUCACCCGAGUUGUCUGAACUCUCUUUCCAGUACAAUUCCAAAUUUAAAGCAUAUACAAUUGAAGAAUUGAACCUUGACGAAAGGGAUUUUGGAAACGAUGAAACAAGUGAUAUUACUCAAGGCACUUUGCAAAAGAGUAUGCCUAAUUAUUUGAACCCGGGGGAUGUUCUUAUUUCGGAUACUGGUACUUUCCAAUUUGCCAUCCGUGAUUUUUCACUACCAAGUCAAGUUAAAUACAUUACUCAAGGAUUUUAUCUCUCCAUAGGUAUGGCAUUACCAGCGGCACUUGGUGUCGGUAUCGCCAUGAGAGAUUAUCCAAUGCAUCAUGUUUGGGACGUUGAAAAGAUUCCCUUUGGUUACGAGCCCAAAGUAAUUCUUUUCGAAGGUGAUGGCGCUGCUCAAAUGACUGUGCAGGAAUUAUCGACUAUGAUUCGUCACCAAGUGCCAAUUGAGAUUUUCUUAUGGAAUAAUAAUGGCUACACAAUUGAAAGAGUUAUUGAAGGGCCUACUAGGCCAUACAAUGAUAUCCAACCUUGGAAGUGGACUAAACUGCUCGAAGCUUUUGGAGAUUUCGAUGGUAAACAUUCGAGAGCCACGGUCCUCGAAACACGCUCUCAGUUGGAAAAUAAGCUCUCAGAGUUGAAGUACAAAGAUCACAGAAGAGGUAUUGAUUUCAUGGAAGUCAAAUUGGCAACGAUGGAUGUCCCUAGUCAACUACAAAAAAUGAUUGACGCAAUAGUUAAGAACUAA